AUGGUGGCCUCAAAGAAGAUGAAAAAGUCUCUGGAGUUGAUCAACUCUAGGCUCCAACUUGCUAUGAGAAGCGGAAAGUACACGCUGGGCUACAAACAGACUCUGAUGAUGAUCAGACAGGGCAAAGAGAAAUUGGUUAUCCUUGCCAACAACUGCCCAGCUUUCAGGAAAUCUGAACUAGAACACUGUGCCAUGGUGACUAAAACUGGUGUGCAUCCUUACAGUGGCAGUGGCACUGGACUGGGCACAGCAUGUGGAAACUACUACAGAGUACACACACUGGUUACCACUGACCCAGGUGAUUCUGAUGUUAUUUGA